UUGAGACUACUACAGUUACAACUGAGGGAACCACUGAAAGCGAAGAAACUACCACUGAAUCAGAGGAAACGUCUACAACUACGUAUUCUCCCACAACUGAAACUACUACACGAAGAAACUACCACUGAAUCAGAGGAAACGUCUACAACUACGUAUUCUCCCACAACUGAAACUACUACAGUAACAACUGAGGGAACCACUGAAAGCGAAGAAACUACCACUGAAUCAGAGGAAACUUCUACAACUACGUACUCUCCCACAACUGAAACUACUACAGUAACAACUGAGGGAACCACUGAAAGCGAAGAAACUACCACUGAAUCAGAGGAAACUUCUACAACUACAUAUUCUCCCACAACUGAAACUACUACAGUAACAACUGAGGGAACCACUGAAAGCGAAGAAACUACCACUGAAUCAGAGGAAACUUCUACAACUACAUAUUCUCCCACAACUGAAACUACUACAGUAACAACUGAGGGAACCACUGAAAGCGAAGAAACUACCACUGAAUCAGAGGAAACUUCUACAACUACGUAUUCUCCCACAACUGAAACUACUACAGUAACAACUGAGGGAACCACUGAAAGCGAAGAAACUACCACUGAAUCAGAGGAAACUUCUACAACUACGUAUUCUCCCACAACUGAAACUACUACAGUAACAACUGAGGGAACCACUGAAAGCGAAGAAACUACCACUGAAUCAGAGGAAACUUCUACAACUACUUCUUCUCCCACAACUGAGACUACUACAGUUACAACUGAGGGAACCACUGAAAGCGAAGAAACUACCACUGAAUCAGAGGAAACUUCUACAACUACGUAUUCUCCCACAACUGAAACUACUACAGUAACAACUGAGGGAACCACUGAAAGCGAAGAAACUACCACUGAAUCAGAGGAAACUUCUACAACUACUUAUUCUCCCACAACUGAAACUACUACAGUAACAACUGAGGGAACCACUGAAAGCGAAGAAACUACCACUGAAUCAGAGGAAACUUCUACAACUACUUAUUCUCCCACAACUGAGACUACUACAGUUACAACUGAGGGAACCACUGAAAGCGAAGAAACUACCACUGAAUCAGAGGAAACUUCUACAACUACAUAUUCUCCCACAACUGAAACUACUACAGUAACAACUGAGGGAACCACUGAAAGCGAAGAAACUACCACUGAAUCAGAGGAUACUUCUACAACUACGUAUUCUCCCACAACUGAAACAACUACAGUAACAACUGAGGGAACCACUGAAAACGAAGAAACUACCACUGAAUCAGAGGAAACUUCUACAACUACGUAUUCUCCCACAACUGAAACUACUACAGUAACAACUGAGGGAACCACUGAAAGCGAAGAAACUACCACUGAAUCAGAGGAAACUUCUACAACUACGUAUUCUCCCACAACUGAAACUACUACAGUAACAACUGAGGGAACCACUGAAAGCGAAGAAACUACCACUGAAUCAGAGGAAACUUCUACAACUACUUAUUCUCCCACAACUGAGACUACUACAGUAACAACUGAGGGAACCACUGAAAGCGAAGAAACUACCACUGAAUCAGAGGAAACUUCUACAACUACGUAUUCUCCCACAACUGAAACUACUACAGUAACAACUGAGGGAACCACUGAAAGCGAAGAAACUACCACUGAAUCAGAGGAAACGUCUACAACUACGUAUUCUCCCACAACUGAAACUACUACAGUAACAACUGAGGGAACCACUGAAAGCGAAGAAACUACCACUGAAUCAGAGGAAACUUCUACAACUACGUAUUCUCCCACAACUGAAACUACUACAGUAACAACUGAGGGAACCACUGAAAGCGAAGAAACUACCACUGAAUCAGAGGAAACGUCUACAACUACCGAAGAAACUACCACUGAAUCAGAGGAAACUUCUACAACUACGUAUUCUCCCACAACUGAAACUACUACAGUAACAACUGAGGGAACCACUGAAAGCGAAGAAACUACCACUGAAUCAGAGGAAACUUCUACAACUACUUAUUCUCCCACAACUGAGACUACUACAGUAACAACUGAGGGAACCACUGAAAGCGAAGAAACUACCACUGAAUCAGAGGAAACUUCUACAACUACGUAUUCUCCCACAACUGAAACUACUACAGUAACAACUGAGGGAACCACUGAAAGCGAAGAAACUACCACUGAAUCAGAGGAAACUUCAACAACUACGUAUUCUCCCACAACUGAAACUACUACAGUAACAACUGAGGGAACCACUGAAAGCGAAGAAACUACCACUGAAUCAGAGGAAACUUCUACAACUACAUAUUCUCCCACAACUGAAACUACUACAGUAACAACUGAGGGAACCACUGAAAGCGAAGAAACUACCACUGAAUCAGAGGAAACUUCUACAACUACAUAUUCUCCCACAACUGAAACUACUACAGUAACAACUGAGGGAACCACUGAAAGCGAAGAAACUACCACUGAAUCAGAGGAAACUUCUACAACUACGUAUUCUCCCACAACUGAAACUACUACAGUAACAACUGAGGGAACCACUGAAAGCGAAGAAACUACCACUGAAUCAGAGGAAACUUCUACAACUACGUAUUCUCCCACAACUGAAACUACUACAGUAACAACUGAGGGAACCACUGAAAGCGAAGAAACUACCACUGAAUCAGAGGAAACUUCUACAACUACUUAUUCUCCCACAACUGAAACUACUACAGUAACAACUGAGGGAACCACUGAAAGCGAAGAAACUACCACUGAAUCAGAGGAAACUUCUACAACUACUUAUUCUCCCACAACUGAGACUACUACAGUUACAACUGAGGGAACCACUGAAAGCGAAGAAACUACCACUGAAUCAGAGGAAACUUCUACAACUACAUAUUCUCCCACAACUGAAACUACUACAGUAACAACUGAGGGAACCACUGAAAGCGAAGAAACUACCACUGAAUCAGAGGAUACUUCUACAACUACGUAUUCUCCCACAACUGAAACAACUACAGUAACAACUGAGGGAACCACUGAAAGCGAAGAAACUACCACUGAAUCAGAGGAAACUUCUACAACUACGUAUUCUCCCACAACUGAAACUACUACAGUAACAACUGAGGGAACCACUGAAAGCGAAGAAACUACCACUGAAUCAGAGGAAACUUCUACAACUACGUAUUCGCCCACAACUGAAACUACUACAGUAACAACUGAGGGAACCACUGAAAGCGAAGAAACUACCACUGAAUCAGAGGAAACUUCUACAACUACUUAUUCUCCCACAACUGAGACUACUACAGUAACAACUGAGGGAACCACUGAAAGCGAAGAAACUACCACUGAAUCAGAGGAAACUUCUACAACUACGUAUUCUCCCACAACUGAAACUACUACAGUAACAACUGAGGGAACCACUGAAAGCGAAGAAACUACCACUGAAUCAGAGGAAACUUCAAAAACUACAUAUUCUCCCACAACUGAAACUACUACAGUAACAACUGAGGGAACCACUGAAAGCGAAGAAACUACCACUGAAUCAGAGGAAACUUCUACAACUACGUAUUCUCCCACAACUGAAACUACUACAGUAACAACUGAGGGAACCACUGAAAGCGAAGAAACUACCACUGAAUCAGAGGAAACUUCUACAACUACUUAUUCUACCACAACUGAGACUACUACAGUUACAACUGAGGGAACCACUGAAAGCGAAGAAACUACCACUGAAUCAGAGGAAACUUCUACAACUACAUAUUCUCCCACAACUGAAACUACUACAGUAACAACUGAGGGAACCACUGAAAGCGAAGAAACUACCACUGAAUCAGAGGAAACUUCUACAACUACAUAUUCUCCCACAACUGAAACUACUACAAUAACAACUGAGGGAACCACUGAAAGCGAAGAAACUACCACUGAAUCAGAGGAAACUUCUACAACUACUUAUUCUCCCACAACUGAAACUACUACAGUAACAACUGAGGGAACCACUGAAAGCGAAGAAACUACCACUGAAUCAGAGGAAACUUCUACAACUACUUAUUCUCCCACAACUGAGACUACUACAGUUACAACUGAGGGAACCACUGAAAGCGAAGAAACUACCACUGAAUCAGAGGAAACUUCUACAACUACAUACUCUCCUACAACUGAAACUACUACAGUAACAACUGAGGGAACCACUGAAAGCGAAGAAACUACCACUGAAUCAGAGGAAACUUCUACAACUACCUAUUCUCCCACAACUGAAACUACUACAGUAACAACUGAGGGAACCACUGAAAGCGAAGAGACUACCACUGAAUCAGAGGAAACUUCUACAACUACGUAUUCCCCCACAACUGAAACUAACACAGUAACCACUGAGGGAACUACUGAUUGCGAAGAAACUACUACUGAAUCAGAGGAAACUUCUACAACUACAUAUUCUCCCACAACUGAAACUACUACUGUAAAAACUGAGGGAACCACUGAAAGCGAAGAAACUACCACUGAAUCAGAGGAAACUUCUACAACUACGUAUUCUCCCACAACUGAAACUACUACAGUAACAACUGAGGGAACCACUGAAAGCGAAGAAACUACCACUGAAUCAGAGGAAACUUCUACAACUACAUAUUCUCCCACAACUGAAACUACUACAGUAACAACUGAGGGAACCACUGAAAGCGAAGAAACUACCACUGAAUCAGAGGAAACUUCUACAACUACAUAUUCUCCCACAACUGAAACUACUACAGUAACAACUGAGGGAACCACUGAAAGCGAAGAAACUACCACUGAAUCAGAGGAAACUUCUACAACUACGUAUUCUCCCACAACUGAAACUACUACAGUAACUACUGAAGGAACUACCGAUUGCGAAGAAAUUUCUUUAACAACAACAUCACAGGAGACAACUACAAAAACAAUGGGUCCUUCAUCGACACAGUCUUCUACCACAUCAUAUCCAGAGACAACGACAUCCAGCAACCACUCCCGCUGCUCUCAACCGGGUAAAUACCCUGACCCGAGUGAUUGUUCGAAAUUCUACAUGUGCCUCAUUGUCGGUAUUGACCUCAUCGAAUACGACCUGACCUGUCCACUCCAUACACUUUACGAUGCUUCAAAUCAAAUUUGCACUGACCGCCCAGUCCAAUGUCCAGGCGAAAUCGAACUUAAAUGCGAUGCGGCGGGGUAUUUCAAUCACCCCACCAACUGCAGCAGGUACUACCUUUGCGAAAUCGACGUAGACUUGACUGCAUACAGGAUAACUCAAUACACCUGUCCAGCCGGAACAAGUUUCGAUGUAGACACGAGUGCUUGCGUGGAAUCGUCUUGUAACCUCGGUACUACAGUUCCAGUUUCCUCUAGUACUACUACGUCUACUACAAUCGCACCAAGAACAACACCUUCCAACAGGUUUACUUGCCCAGCCGAAGGCACCUAUCCAGAUACAACCAGCUGCACCAGUUACCACAUAUGCGUGCAAGUACUAAAUAAACUGAUCGAUGUUGUUAUUGAUUGUCCGAGCGGUACCCAGUACGACGCGACCAAUGGCAUUUGCACCUCCAAGCCGGUGCAGUGCCCCAACGACGCCCCGUUGUCCUGCACCGAAACCGGCAUCUUCCUGUACCCCAACGACUGCACCCGCUACUACCAAUGCUCGAUCUCCAAGACGGGCGGGUACGUCAUCACGCUCUACCAAUGUCCCAAGACGUGGUCGUACAGCCAGCAGUACGGCACGUGUCUGCCUUCAGCGAACUGCGGUAACGAGAGGAGCUUCCCCUGCCCGACGGUGGGCAAGUUCCCGAUCGACGGCAGCUGCAGGCAGUACUACGAGUGCCAGAUGGUCAACGGCCAGCUUCUGCCGUACCUCAAGAGCUGCGGCAUUUUCUGGAUGUUCGACAGGGAGCAGCAGAGGUGCAGGCGGGAGUGUUUCGUCUCGUGCGAAGUUCCCAUCGAUAGCGAUGAUGUUAUUGGAAUGCAGGGAGCGUUAAUAGAGGAAUAGUAGAUGUCUUAUGCUUGGGUUAAGGGGAUAAUUAAAAAAUGUACGUAAUAAAAAAGUGUAAUAGAAAUUAAAUCUAAUAAAAUAAUCAAAUAUAAUAAUUUU